AUGACCGACAACUCCCAGCUCACGAGCUGGUUUGAGAAUACCCAUGGCGAGGUUCCCCUCCCUCUCACCGGCCCCUCAGUCACCCUCUCUCCGCUCCCUGCGCCGCAUCCCCCAACCAUCUUCCUUUUCGGCGGCAAGAUUGUGCCGAUUCGGAAACUGACGUCGGAGAUGUGGGCCCUCGACCUGACGACACGGACGUGGUCGCGCGUGAACGCCGGACAGGGCCCGGGACCCCGGUAUUUCCACUCGAUGGACGUUUGGGAGGACAAGCUCGUUUGCUUCGGAGGCAUGAGCGACGCGGACUCGCUCUGUGUGCACAACGAUGUGUGGUUCUUCGACUGCCGCGCACGAAGAUGGCUUCCGCAGCCGGGGCCCGAGUCGCCGAUCGGGCUGGGCAUGGAUGGCUCGGAAACAUUCCAGCUGCCAAACCCAGAGUUCAUCCCACAAGCGCGCUACGCGCACCUUAGUGCCGUGUCGCGGGGUCAGCUGAUCGUCUGCGGCGGCCAGCGCUCUGAUAACUCGUGGAUCUACGAGAUCAACACAUUCGACCUGAAGCGACAGGCCUGGGUUUCGAAAACGGAGCAGCCCGAGUCGCACGGCAUGCACUCGAAGGGAGCGUACCGCUCGGUUGCUGUGAGCUCGACGUUGCGCGUCGUUGUGCCUGUCCCGGAAGCGCAGCUCAUGACGGGAUCGCCAGCGCUGCCGUACACGGUCGAAGAGGACGGCGGCGGCGGCGACAUCUGGUGCUACUCGAACUACGACUUUGCCAAGGUUCGCCGAGAGCUCGAGGUCGUCUCGCCUCUGGACGGUGCCGAGGCCCCCGAGAUCGAGUCGGACAAGUUCGAGGCGCCGCCUGAUUUCACAAUCCACGACAUGUCGGUCAAGAUGACAGGGAGCUCGCAGCCGCCCGGAUUGCGCUUCCCCGCCGGCGGCAUUGUUGGUCACCACUUCAUCCUGUGUGGUCUCUACCUCGCGUCGACCUCCGCUGCGUUCUCCAUCUGGACGCUCGACCUGCACACGCUGCAGUGGAAGCACCUCGAGCCGCCAGUUCUGUCCAGCGGAAGCUGGAACCGUGCGGUCAUCUGCCCUGAGACUGCGAAGCUGAUCGUGUUUGGUAACGCCAACCAUGAUCUCGCUGCCGACUACGGCAAGCGUGCGGUCAAUUUCGACCAGUACGCGAUCAUCGAGCUCGAGGCGUAUGGAAUCUACCAGCCGCCGCGGCGCGUUCUCUCUGACCAGACGCAGGGCAUCGGCCUCAGCAUGCUUGACGAGAAGCUCGUGUCCGACUUCGAGCUUAUUGCCGAGGACGGGCGCAAGGUGCGGUGCUCGCGCAAGGUGCUCGCAGAGCGGUGGCCGUGGUUCGCCGAGCAGCAGAGUGCGAUCAUGACCAAGGCCGCCGAGGCGGUGCAGGACACGGCGCUCGACAUUAACGAGGCGCUGCUUGGCUCGCUGUCGCCUGCACGCGUCACACCGACAUCACUGCACUUGCCUGAGCCGCUGCCGGUGUGCGUGGCGCUGAUCCAGUACUUCUACACGCUGUCGCUGUCAACGCCGCUGCAGACACGGUCGCCUGUUUUGACUGCGCUUCUGUUCCUGUCGAAGCAGUACAAGAUUGAGCGUCUGAACAAGCUCGUCACGCAUGCGCUGCACAUGCGACUUCGUCCCUCGAGUUCCGUCGGCGUGUAUGAGGUCGCGACGCUCGCGGGCGAGUACAACCUGCAGGCGCGCGCUCUGCAGAUGAUCCACCAGGCGAAGAGCGCGAGCUCCUCGCGACAGAACAACCGCCGACGCCCUGGAUCUGUAAUGAGCAACGAGGGCGCGGGCGGCAGCCAUCAGUCGCACACCAACACGCCGCCUGCCGGUCACGGGUCUCUCCCCGACUCAGGGCGUGGCGGGCAUGACGACAGCACGCAACACAACGGCAACGCUGGCAACCAACUGCAGAACCUCAAGCUCGGCGCGAGCAGUAUCGACGUGACAACGAGGCGGUUGCGCAGUGGAUCUUUCACGGCGCCCUACGACCAGAUGAAGGCUGCGGUCACGUCCUCGCCCACGAGGGCCCCGCAGCGCGCGCGCCCGGUCACGACGCAGUUUGACGCGGAGGAGCUCGCCGACGACCUGCUCAAUGCCCUGGACAUCUCCAACGCGCCCGCAGUCGAGAUGGAGCCGUGGUUGAAGCGCCGGCGCCCCGCCUCAAUCAUGUCGGUUAGCACAACGCGCACGAAUGUGUCAUCUGCCUCUUCGCGGCCGCCGAUGCUGCCUCCGCCGGAGAAGCCCCUCCCGGGACGACCGGCGCAUGCCCCGCCGCACCUCUCUCUGCCGUCUACGCCCCGUGCGUCUAGCCCGACAAACUCGGAAGCCACAUCGGCAUACCCCGCUACGCCCUGCGACAGUGUCCGCGACAGCCUCUCGUCGAUGGGCAGUGACGACCGGCGGCACUCGAUCUGCGGUUCGCUGAUCAGCAACUCCAAGUCGACAACUCUCCCCGCUCUGCCCGAGGAUGGGCUCCAGUUCCGCCCGUCGUGCGAGGAGGAGGAGGAGGAGGAAGAGGACGAGGUACUCGUUACGUCGAACGAGGCCGAGCCGACCCUUGCAUCGCAGGUUGUGUCCUACACGCUGAACACGAAGUUGGCCCGCUCCAGCUCCAUGUCGUCGUUGAAGGAGCCCGUCGUGCGUUUGUACGAGAAGCGCGCCGCGACAGAGGUCACCCCUGAGGCUCGCUCGGGUGGCAUCCAACGCAGCCCUCCCCUCGGAUCUGGUUCGUUCGGCGGCUCCCUCGGUCCGGCCAUCGGCGCCCGCGUCGCCUCCCUCAGCUCUGGCAACAAUGAGCGCGCGCGGACAUGGACCCGCCGCGAGAGCAGCCAGUUCAUGGCGUCUGUCGGUCGAUCGGAGGCUGAGGACGAGGAGGCCGAGAAGCUGGCCAAGUUCCAGGCCCUCAUGAUCGAGCAGCAGCGUCGUGUCGGCGUCGACUCGAUGGAGAGCAUUAAGAAUGCGCGCAAGGCGUUUGGACGCGCUGGAGCGGACAGGAGGAGCAAGUUCAAUCUCUUCGGGAAGAAGACCAGCCAGGCUAUCAUGUCUUAG